GGAAAUCAUAAUAUAGAAACAAUCGUGUAAGAAAUGGUGCGUAUAAACGACCCAAGAGAUACUAUAAUAAACAAGGAUGUGCAACUGGCGACUGAGUUAAUAAAUUACGUCAUCCUAGGAGGGAUCCUGUCUGUGUUUGGGAUCGCAUCCAAUAUCAUCAACAUGGUGGUGUUCUACAAGCUGGGACUCAAAUCUACAACCAAUUUCAGUAUGUUCGCCCUGUCAUUAGCCGACCUCUUGACUCUGAUCACGUUGUUUGAAUACUCUAUUUGGUUGAACCCGUGGGUGGAGUUCUCGGAUUUACCAGUCAACACCAGGGAGGUCCAGUACCUCAUUACGGGCUGGCCUAACGUCUGCUUCACCAGGAUUGCGUGUCUCAUCAUGGCCUUCAUCACUGCGGAGAGAUACAUCAACAUAGCGUAUCCUCACAAAGCGAAGCAGAUCAUCACGCCAAGGAAGACCAAAAUCGUCAUUAGCUUCAUCUUUUUCGUCUCUAUAAUCAUGAUAUUGCCCAGCUACUCCACCUCUUACUACGGCUGGAAAUUCUAUCCCCGUAGCAACGUCACGAAAAUCGGGAUUUACCUCAUGAGCAAUGGCAAUGUUGACACUUACUCGUUCCUUAUCAACGCCGUGUUAGGUCUGAUAGCGUUAGUGCUGGUGAUCUACUUCACGUCUUUAAUUAUCUGGCACCUUCAUCAGAGGGAGCGCAAGCGGAGUCGGAUCGUAAGUGACACGUCAUACAUUAGGUCACGUCGAGAGAGAAAAGCGAUAAAACUAGCUAUAAUCAUAGCUAUAAUUCUUAUUGUCUGUACCACCCCCAGUAUCGUGUUUUCGUUUGUUUGUGUUCUCGUUGAAGGAAUGUCAAUCACCGGGUAUUACCAGAAUUUAUUUUUCUUUAUUUGGUCGUUUAAUUUCGUCCUGGGUGGGUUCAACUGUGGCGUGAACAUUUUCCUCUACUACAUGAUGAACGCGAGGUACAAGGAAACAUUUCUCGAGAUGUUGUUCUGCAAGCCGCACAAGAAGGAAAAACUAACAGACUCUGUCAGCACCUACAGUUGA